AUGUAUCAUGCGGCUUUGGAAGCUUCUUGUGAGCUUGCGGAAGUGGAUGGUCCUUAUGAAACCUACGAUGGCUCUCCGAUUUUGCAAUUUGAUAUGUGGAAUGUGACACCAACGGAUCAGUGGGACUGGAGUAGUCUACGUCAGAAAAUUGAAAAAUGCGGCAUCAGAAACAGCCUACUGCUUGCGCCAAUGCCCACAGCUUCGACCGCACAGAUUCUCGGCAAUAACGAGAGUUUUGAACCGUACACUACAAAUGUUUACACUCGAAACGUUUUAUCUGGCAGCUUCCAGGUUUACAAUCAGCAUUUGGUAAAGGACCUUAUGAAACUGAAUCUAUGGGACGAUAGUAUGCAAAGAGAAAUCAUUGCGAACAAAGGAUCGGUGAAAAACAUCGAACGUAUCCCCCAAGAAAUUCGCGAACUCUACAAAACAGUCUGGGAACUGUCCCAGCGGGAUCUGAUCGAUAUGGCUGCUGAUCGUGGAGCGUUCAUCGACCAGUCACAAUCGCUGAAUAUUUUCAUCGCACGCCCAAAUUACGGCAACAUUACCAGCAUGCAUUUCUACGGAUGGAAUAAGGGUCUGAAGACUGGAAUGUACUACUUGCGCACUAGGCCGGCUGUUGAUGCAGUUCAGUUCACGGUUGAUAAAACGAAACUGAAAGAUAAGCAGUGUGCUGCGAAAAUGGUGGAAUGCGCCGUGAACACUGCUGACCAGUGCACGAUGUGCAGCAGCUAA